UUAAAGACAAAAAUCAGCCGUCAUGACAAAACAGCGUUUCCCUCAGUAUCUCAGUCAACCCUUUCUUCCCUAUAUCCUCCGCCACCUGUGUCUCCGGCGACCUCACAUGGCCGACACCAGCAUCAAAGACGACGCGCCGGACAACCAGCACCGUCUCAUCAUAUCCGACUCCGGUUUUCCCCCCGAGGAAAGGCCCCAGAAAACAAAGCGCCUCGCAUCUCUCGACAUCUUCAGAGGCCUCACCGUCGCGCUGAUGAUUUUGGUGGAUGAUGCUGGAGGAGAAUGGCCCAUGAUUGGACAUGCACCAUGGAAUGGUUGUAAUCUUGCUGAUUUUGUGAUGCCAUUCUUCUUAUUCAUCGUGGGAGUGGCCAUUGCACUUGCUCUCAAGAGAAUACCAGAUCGCCUUAUGGCCAUAAAAAAGGUGACCCUCAGGACUUUGAAGCUCCUCUUUUGGGGGCUCCUGUUACAAGGAAGUUUCACACAGGAUCCUGACAAACUAACAUAUGGUGUUGACAUGAAAAAAAUAAGAUGGUGUGGCAUUCUCCAGUGAAUUGCUCUUGCAUAUUUGGUAGUUGCUCUGCUAGAAAUCACUACAAAAAAGGCCCAAGCCAAGGAUCUAUCACCUGGCCAGUUCUCUAUAUUCAAAUUAUACUGUUGGCACUGGCUGAUGGGAGCAUGCGUUUUAAUUGUUUAUAUGGCUGUAUCUUAUGGGACAUAUGUUCCUGAUUGGCACUUCACUGUCCAUGAUAGAGAUAGUGCUGAUUAUGGGAAGGUUCUCACUGUAGCUUGUGGUGCGAGGGGAAAACUGGAUCCUCCCUGUAACGUAGUGGGAUACAUUGAUAGAGAAAUACUUGGAAUGAAUCACAUGUAUCAGCAUCCAGCUUGGACAAGAUCUAAGGCUUGCAAUGAAUAUUCCCCUGAUAAGGGCCCUUUUCGGAAGGAUGCUCCAUCAUGGUGCUAUGCGCCUUUUGAACCUGAAGGAAUUCUAAGUUCCAUAUCUGCAAUUCUGUCCACCAUAAUUGGAGUGCAUUUUGGACAUGUGCUUAUGCAUUUGAAGGGUCACUCAGAUAGAUUGAAGCAUUGGGUUGUGAUGGGUUUUGCUCUCCUUGUAUUAGGAAUUACUCUUCAUUUCACAGGUGCAAUUCCUCUGAACAAACAGCUGUACACAUUUAGUUAUGUUUGUGUGACCUCAGGGGCAGCAGCAUUGGUAUUUUCAUUCUUCUAUAUUCUGGUUGAUGUUUGGGGCAUGAGAUUCCUGUGUCUGCCAUUGGAAUGGAUUGGCAUGAAUGCCAUGCUUGUCUAUGUUAUGGCAGCUGAAGGUGUCUUUGCAAAAUUCAUAAACGGGUGGUAUUAUGGUGACCCUCAUAACACACUGAUAAAUUGGAUUCAACAACACAUCUUCAUCCAAGUUUGGCAUUCAAGAAAAGUGGGCAUCCUACUCUAUGUCAUCUUCGCGGAAAUCCUCUUCUGGGCUAUAGUUGCAGGCAUGUUGCACCAGCUGGGCCUUCACUGGAAGCUUUAGGAGCUUAGAAUAAAAGUGCUCCUCCCAUCAGAGUGCUGGCUACUUGUAUUGUAUGUAAGGUUUAUUUUCUUUUCAGUAGCUACUGCAACCGCUUAUUGCAGUUCAUAUGUAUUAGCGUCUUCAUAUCCUACAUUACUCUGCAGAGAUUAUCCAGAAUUGAAAGCAAACUAAUUGUAUGGGUAUGAGUGUAUGAAAAGAAUUUGUAUUUGAACUA